AUGAUGGUUGCUCCCACUACAGACUCUUCAAAUAAGCAUUCAGCGAAUGAUUUCAAAGGAAACGGAGCUGAUACUCAUAUUGAACGAAAAUUCGACAAACCACCGCUUGAACGGAAGCACGCUCCGCCGAGCAAUGUUGUUGAACCUAUUAAUGGACAUUCUGUUAUUACUUCAAGUAUAGAAACUCAUAGUAAUACAGUCACUUAUUCAACUGAGAAUAUUUCUGGCUCCGUAGAUGUGAUAACAGCCAAGACCAAUUUAGUUACGAAUGAUGGCUCGAACUCUCGCGAAUCAUCGCGCCAUAGUCCAUCUACAUCAGAAUUCUCAAUACGCACACAUAAAACACCCGUGCGAAGUUUUACGACACCAUCAGAAAAAAAAAGACCAAGCAGCACAUCCGCUAUUUCUGAACAAAAUGAUAUAAAACGAAAUUCCUCUAAAGCCAAGAGGAACGAUACAUUCGUUACUAUUUUACCGGAGGGUGAUGAUGAAGGUCAAUCCGAGAUCACAACUCGGAAGAAAGUUCAUAGACGCAACACUUACAGUGCAGAUUUGGCUGAUCAUAUAAGAGGAUCUAUUUCACCGUCGGAAAACGAGACCCAAAAAUGGUCUGAGCAAGCCAAGAAACAGCGACGCACAUCACGAAGACGUAAAGACAAAGAUGAGGAUACCGAUAGAGUGGUUAUAGGGACCAGGAUUGAUGAAGAUCAUGUCAAUUACGUUCUUAUGUAUAACAUGUUAACAGGAAUACGAGUUGGUGUCUCGCGCUGCAAUGCGAAACCGCAGAGACCGUUAACUGAUGUAGAUUUCACCGCUGCACACAAAUUGGCUUUCGAUAUAACGGGCAACGAACUCACACCGUCUGCAAAAUAUGACUUCAAGUUUAAAGAUUAUGCUCCGUGGGUCUUCCGCAAUCUACGAUCGAUAUUUCAUAUUGAUGCUGCAGAUUACUUGGUAUCCCUGACAAGCAAAUAUAUCUUGUCUGAAUUAGGAUCGCCUGGGAAAAGCGGAAGUUUCUUUUACUUUUCCAGAGACUAUCGGUUUAUUAUAAAAACAAUACAUAACACGGAGCAUAAAUUUAUGCGCAAGAUACUAAAAGAUUACUAUGAGCAUGUGAAGGAAAAUCCACAUACACUUCUUUCUCGGUUUUAUGGUCUCCACAGAGUAAAAUUGCCACGCGGGCGCAAGAUACACUUUGUCGUAAUGAACAACAUCUUUCCUCCGCAUCGCGACAUUCAUGAGAUAUACGAUUUGAAGGGGUCAACAAUAGGGCGUGAAUAUCCUGAAGAAGAAGCAAAGAAGAAUCCACGAGCCGUUCUCAAAGAUCUUAACUGGUUAAAAAGAGACAGGCAUUUGGAGUUGGGUCCAGUCAAGCAAGAAUUGUUUGUUAAACAACUUAAAAAAGAUGUAGAGCUGCUCGAACGAUUGAAUAUAAUGGACUAUAGUCUUUUAGUUGGAUUGCACGACACAACGCGUGGAAACAAGGACAAUAUUCGAGAAGAUAUCUUAACAGUGUUUCAGCCGGAUACGAAGAAACUCAACCGAGUGCCAUCAAAUCAUAAGCGGGAGAAUAAAGUGACUGUUUCUGAAUUGCGAAAGGCAGUAAAAACUACGGACCCUCUAAAGCUGGGUCCUUCAUCCACAAAACUCAGUCUUGAUGCAUUCUCAGAACGUAGCCAUUGUAUCUUCUACUCGGAUGACGGUGGUUUUGCAGCAACUGACGAAGACAAUUCGCCUAAGAACUACAUAUAUUAUUUGGGAAUUAUCGACAUUUUAACACCCUAUAACUUUGUAAAGAAAAUAGAGCAUGCAUGGAAGUCAUUAAGCUACGACAAGAACGGUAUAUCAGCAGUGGAACCAGGCGAAUAUGGCAAUAGAUUCCUGGGUUUCAUCCAAUCUUUAUUGCAGACUCAAAAUAGUAAUAGUGACUCUUCGCCUCCACAAUCAUAG